ACAAUAAAGACAGGAAAAGUGAAUGCUGUUACGUCAUGGAAAAGACCAGUUUUACCAUUUUCACAUCUACUACCGGCGAUGGUGUGACAGAUAGAAAAAUAUUUGUCAGCAACUUAGCACGGAGGACGACAUUCAGUGAUCUUAUAAAAUUAUUCUCCAAGUAUGGAGAAGUGAAGUGUUGCUUCUUACGAAGGAAUCCAGGAAACAGAAAUAACUAUGCACUUGUUACGUUUAAUAGUUUAAAAGCAGCUAUAAGUGCCAGAAACGCUGGAAGAGUAAUAUUGCACGGUAGAAAUUUAAAAAUUCUGGCAGCUAAUCCUUGUCUUCAACGAAAGAAUGUAAAGAGUAAACGUAAAAAAAACGUAAAGAAACAUAAAUCAAAAUCUAACAAGGUGUCAAAUGAUGUUACAUGCAAUCAGGGUUACAGAGAAAAUGAAAUUAGUAUCCACAAAUUAAAUGACGACUGUCUGAUGCACAUUUUUAGUCAUUUGCCAAUUAUAGAUAGGAUCAGAAUAGAGAGAGUGUGCAAGAGAUGGAAAGCAUUAAUUAAAGAAUCCUGGUAUAACAUGAAAAGACUGGAUUUACGGCAUUCCAUGUGGGGCUCUUUAGCUGACAGAAAGAGAAAAAAAAUUAGUUUAUGUAUACUUCGUGAAAUAUUAUUACGAUGUGGUUCAUAUUUAAAUGAAGUAGAUUUGUCCUUUGUGCCGUAUUAUCUACAUCAAUACACAGUAACUCUCAUCGGAAAAUUGUGCCGUAAUUUAGAAAUAAUAAAUAUCACUGGUCUUUGCGUUUCGCGAUCUGGUAUCCGUCCAUUCAUCGAUAACUGCCACAAUAUUACAAAAUUAAGUGUUGGUUUGGUCACUUACGCAUGCGAUAGAGAUUUAAAAAAAUUAUUCCAAAUGAAUCCAAAGUUACGAUAUUUUGAAGCCUAUCUUACUCCAAUAACCGGACGGUGCUUAUUGCAUUUACCAACCGACACAAUAGAAGAAGUCGUUCUAGACUGUUGUCAAUACCUUGAAGAAAUCUGUGUGUUAGAGGCAAUUAUUAAACUAAAAAGAAUAAAAGCGUUUACGAUAAAUGAAUGUGAUUGUAUAUCCGGUAACAUCUUUCGAUUUCUCGGCACAUAUUGUAAGAAUUUAGAAACACUAAAAAUUUGUCAUGUUCCAUCUACAUCAUAUUUCCUAACGACAGACACAUUACAUAUUACGCUAUUAUCCAACCUCAAAGCUCUGACAGUCAGUGAGAACAAAGUAAUUACGGACGAAUUUCUUUUUAGUCUGGUAACGACAUGCCAGAAUCUCACAUAUCUAGACAUUUCCACAUGUUCUGGUAUUUCAAACUAUGGCAUGGCCGCUAUAGCAACUUUUUCCGAGUUAGAAGUGUUAAUAAUGAACGACAUGCCAAGAGUGACUAAAGUGCAUCUAUGUGACGCAUCCAAUUUAAAAAGAAUAGAAUGUCGCCGUUCGAAAUUUAUGGAUAGAGUGAUAAUUAAUCUUAUUAAGUCCGCGCCGCAAUUGAGGGUGCUAGAUUUAUCAGAAUCUCUAUCUAUUACUAAUAGAACAUUAGAGGAAGCUGCCGGAAUUACGGUCAGUCGAACCAACAAUAUUAUUUUAAAAAUAUUCGUAGGCGGUACCUCAGUGGAUCUUAGUACUUUUAAUAACGUAUCACCGUUUUUACAAAUAGUAAUCGCACUGUAACAUUUCUACUUGUACUCGCAUUAUAAU